UUUGGUUUUACUUGAUUGGAUUGGAACAAAUCAAUCCAUCCCAACAAACACCCGUCCUAGCAAACCCUAGGAAAGGAAAGGGAAAGACGAUGGUUGAUCCAAAUCGAAUUCCGUCUAAACCUACACCGAUUAGCGAUGAAGUCAAAUGUGUGAAAAUUAUUGGUCCACUGAGAAACGGUGAACCAGUUCAAAUCGAUUCUGCAAAGGUACACUAUAGGUUUCGUGCAAAAGAAUUACUCAAGAUUAUCGGUGAUGAAGAUGAAAUCAUAACCUCCAUUCACAGUACCUCAAAAGCCGAAAUCAGGAUUCUAGAACAUGCCCCAGCCAAGAAAGAUGGUCAGUUAUAUAUCCAAAUUCUGGGUAGUGAUCUCCAAGUCAAAAUUGCUGAAUUCCUCAUUAAGGAAGCAAUCAAAGAGGGAUAUACAGAGCCAUUAAUCCCUACACCUUUAAUGCCAACAUAUAUUUUUAAUCAUGCCAUAAACAUUGAGUUAAACCAAGUUGAACCUUUCAUGGGCACCAAUGGCAUCAAUAUUUUGAAGAUGGAAUCAGAAUCCAAGACAUGGAUAGAGGUUGAUACAUUGGAGAGAAAGCUUGGUCAGGUGAAUAAGGAACUUAAAGUGAGAAGUAAUGGGGCUGCUAAAGAAGUUGGAUCUAGUGAACAGUUGGGGAAGAUGGAUAUUGAUUCUGGAAUUGAAGAAAGUGAUGAUGAUUCUGGUGAUGGUGAUCCUGGAAUUGAAGAAGGUUUAAUCAUCUAUGAUUGGAUUGUUGGUACUUGCUAGUCUCGCAAGAACAGGCUUGCCAUAUAUUUCAUAAUAUUUUUAGUGUUUUGAUUUGUGACCAUUUUGUUGUGGUUCUUCUGUUUGUUUUCUUAGGCCUAAUUGGAAUUUUGGGGUU